CGAUCGGUUCAUUCAAUCAACAGAGUCUGGUGGUGGACGGGUCGAGUCAAGUGCGUCUGGAGUGAUUGUGUACGGUUUUUAGGAUUAUUAAGCAGGUUGCAGUGCCUUAGCCAUGUCCUCGACUAUCGAGAAGAACGAAUACCCGAAGGCUUCCAAUGCAUUAGUGCUGGGAGCCAUUCUGUCCUAUGUGGCGUCUAUCUUCCUAAUGAUGAGCUUCUGUUCGCCUUACUGGAUCGAGUCGUACGACGAAUCGUUUAGCAGCUUUAAGAACAUGGGAUUGUGGGAGUAUUGUUUUAAAGAUUUUAGCUAUCCGUACUAUCAGUUCCCGAAGUUGUUCAACGGAUGCCAUCAUAUCUUUAGUCAGGAAUAUUACGUUAUUCGAGAAUACCUGCUGCCAGGCUGGUUGAUGAUAGUGCAGACCUUUGUUACACUGUCAUUCAUUUUCACGUUCGGUUCGCUGGUAAUUAUGGCCUGUGAGAUGGUUAGAUGGCCUCUGAAGCUGGUACUGCGCUACGAGUGGCUGUUGACCACCAUUUCGUUCGUCGGAAUUGCAUCUUCGUCAUUUUUCAUGUUCCUGGCGGUGGCCAUAUUCGGCGGGAAUGCCUACCGGCGCGAUUGGUUGAUGUACCCGAAGUUUAACGUGCUGUCGUGGUCCUACGCCCUGGCCGUGGUGAGCUUCAUGAUACUGGGACUAGCAGCACUGUUGCUGUACAAGGAAGCCAAAAAAUCGUACGAACUACGUCGCGAGGCUAAGAACCUGGUAAUGCAGAUGCAAAUGCAGGAACCCGGCUACCAUCCAUCGCACCACACCAGCCGGAGCCUACACAGCGGGGGAUACAUCUAAGUAGGCGGCGAACGAACGAUCAAACGUCUAAUUUUAUUACAAAUGUGUCUCGCUUUAGACAGUUCAAUCAAUGUGCUUCGAGAAACGCACACUCACACCAUAUUUUAGGAUCCAGCAAGAAAACGUCUGCCAAUUCGCGUUGUACGACACUCACGUUCUCUUCCAUUGUCGAUUUUUUCUCGUUUCUAAUUAUUUGGGAGAGAAAAACACAUAACCUCAACGAACUAAACACUAUCAACAAAUUGGUCUCGAAGGACAUAAAACAUCGCACUAAAUGUGGCCUUACAGAAGAAGAAUCAAACGAGCAGAAAUCAGAAACAAAAACAAAAACAAAUACCUGUCUAUAUUUCUAUCGCAGCCAGACAUCGUCGGAACCAUCGUUUUUUUUACCAAUUCCAUGUCCCCCGUCCGACGAUGAUUGGAGAAAACAUGAUAAGAUGUGAAUCCUUAUUACAUUGAUUAUCCGUACAAAUAUCAAGUUAGACAGUUUCGAUAGUUGGUUACGUUGCAUUGUUAGUGUUUGUUCUGUGUUCGCAAUAUAUGUUUAGCUAUAGUAAAAGGGACAUUCGCUUGGUGUAACGUAUUGAUUCUGUUCACUCUGGCACUCAUACCGUCCACAAUGUUGUUUUACUCGGGUCACCCAUCAUCCGUUCCGACGAUCUUCUUAUUGGCAGCUUUCCAGAUCAGAACAGCAUAGCACAAUUAUAUCAGAUAUCGAUUUGGCUCAAGCGGCACGUUCAUGGCAGUGACUUGAUGUGUCGUUUGACAUUCGUUAUAUUUCAGUAUAGCUUCAAAGGGACUCUCAUCAGCAACGAGUUCCUCAGAUUUGAAGAAACCUAACCAAUGAAUAUAAUAAUGCAAUGCCAUUCUGGUCCGGUUGUGCCACGACAAAACGGGAAAACAUUUGUUUUAAUUUAAAAAUCUUUGAACGAACAGCGGUUAUGUUAUAGUUGUAACUUCUAUUGUAAUGGAACAAAAUAUGUUAGCUAACGACGAAUCUCGUACUAUCGCCGUCCAUUCGAUUAAGUUUAAUUAAUACAUACAGAAUAGUGACAUCCGGACAAAAUGUACGCUUAAUUUGCAUUUUGUGGAUUUUGUUAGGAACACCUUUUGAUGGUAUUUUAUAAACCGUAUACAAACAGUAGUCUCUAGUUUUUAAUGCAAUUUUACGAAUCGCUACAUAAUAUUCAUCUUACUAAUUACUGGAAACAAAUGUUGUAGUAAGCA